GUGGCUUUCAUGAUGGCAUCCAAUAUCACCACCACCAUCUCCUCCACUCCAUUAUCUCUGCCCAUCAGCCCCUCAGCUAAGGGUGGCAUUGCGAUCCUGACCCUGGCGUUCGUGCUGGGCUUCCCUGGGAACCUGUUUGUGGUUUGGUCGGUGCUCUGCAGAGUGAGGAAGCGGUCAGUGACUUGUUUGUUGGUGCUGAAUCUGUCCCUGGCAGAUGCUUUUGUGCUGCUCAGUGCUCCUUUGUUCUUACGGUACCUGGCUGGGGGUCGAGGCUGGGAGUUUGGUUCAGCAGCGUGCAAACUGGUGCAUUACCUGUCGAGUGUGAACAUGUACGUGUCCAUCUACCUGAUCUGCCUGAUGAGCUUGGACCGCUGGAUGGCUGUCACAAGGCCUUUUCUUUCUCAGAGAAUGCGAACCAAACGCUCCCUGCUGGUCCUCCUGCUGGUGGUCUGGGUGAUGGCCUUCAUCUUGUCACUGCCGAUGCCUUUCUACCGCAGUAAUCUGAAGAAGACAUUUCCAGGCAAUAUUACUCUGAGCUUCUGCAUACCAUACCACUGGCGCAGCGUAAAUCACAAAAUCUUCCAAUAUGUGUUUGAGACCAUCAUGGGUUGCCUGGUGCCCUUCACCCUCAUCAACAUCUGUUACGCCUCCGUCAUCUGCCGUCUGAAAAACGCCAAGUUCCAGCGCAGGAAUAAAGGCAGCCGCUUGAUCCUGCUGAUCAUCUGUGCCUUCGCCGUAUUCUGGCUGCCCUAUCACAUUGUCAACAUCAUAGAGGUGGUUGGCCUGUUGACUGGCAGUGAUUCAGUGCUCAAAGCUGCGAAAACAGCCCGUCCCAAUGUCACAGCCUUCGCCUAUUUCAGCAGCGCCGUCAACCCCAUCCUGUACGUGUUCGCCGGCAGCUCCCACAUUCGUCAGGCUGGCUUCAGCUUCAUGGCCAAACUGUUUGAGGCUACCAACUCAGAGAGCAGGAGCACGUCCUUCACCCGCAGCAGCCGUGCAAACUCUUCACCAGAUGAAACAUCUGUUCUUCACGCAAUGUCCGUCAAACUGGGGAAGGCUUUCAAAGGCAAGGACAAGGAGAGCAGCAACAGCACGGCAGGGAAAGACCUGGGCGAGUCUGUAUUCAAGACUCUAGAAAGUGCUGAGCAGCUCUAUUAG